GUCCAUGCUUUUUAAGUAUUUAUUUGGUAUAAUGAAUAUUCUUAGUAGGCCAUGUGUUUAAUUCCCUCUGUUGUCCAUAUAGGUUGCUGUGUGAGACCUUCUUGUGAACAUGGAUCGAUGCAAACACGUUGGACGCCUGCGCCUGGCCCAAAACCACUCUAUCCUUAACCCACAGAAAUGGAGGUGUGUGGACUGUGACACACAAGAGUCUGUUUGGGCAUGUCUUAAGUGUUCUCACGUUGCUUGUGGACGAUAUAUUGAGGAGCACACCCUUCGCCACUUCCAGGAAAGCAACCAUCCUCUAGUAAUGGAGGUGCAUGAGCUCUAUGUUUUUUGCUAUCUGUGCCAGGAUUAUGUAUUAAAUGACAACCCUGAGGGAGACUUAAAGCUUCUGAGGGGUGCCCUCUCUGCUGUGUGCAGCCAAAAACAGGAAGCCACUAGCCGGAGAAGCUUGAGGUCACAGGCCACAGCAGGGUAUAGGAGUGGAAUUCACAGGUGUUCGCAGGGGAAUUCGAUGAUGGUCACAGCACUACGGCACAGACGCCAGGCUUUGUUGGCCAAGGCAUUGCACUUUUGGUUUGAGAGGAGCUCAAAAGGGCAAAUAAAGCUGGAGGAGAAGAGACAUCGGGCUGAAAUAGAGAGACGAAAAGAAGAGGCCAGGCUAAAGAGACAGGAGGUAAAAAGGCGUCUCCUUGAAGAACUUGCAAAUACACCACCCAGGAAAAGUCCCCGCUUGCUCUCACACGCGAACAGGGAACGCUUUAUUCCCCGUAAAUUCAGAAACAUGACAACCAGUAGCCCCACUUCUAAGCGAGAGGCACGCAGAUGCUUCAAUCAACUGUAUUCUAUAAAGCCAACUAUGACCCCAGGAGUGACCGGGCUUAGAAAUCUGGGAAAUACAUGCUAUAUGAACUCUAUCUUGCAAGUGUUGAGUCAUCUUCAGAAAUUUAGGGAGUGCUUCCUCACCCUUGACACCUGCGAGAAAGAGGAGCUAUUGGCAAAAACUAGCACCAAUGGCAAGAACUGUGUGGGAUGGCAUGAUGGUAGAGGAGGACACCUCCCCAUGGGACCAAAAUCAAAUGGGGAGUCGUCCAUAAAAAAAAGUCUUGAAUUGAUCCAAGACAAGGAACCCAGUACCAAGGAACUGUCCCUAUGCCAUGAGUUACACACCCUUUUCCGGGUGAUGUGGUCAGGAAAAUGGGCACUGGUUUCACCAUUUGCCAUGCUGCACUCUGUUUGGAGUCUGAUCCCAGCUUUCCGGGGUUAUGAUCAGCAAGAUGCCCAGGAGUUUCUUUGCGAACUGUUAGACAAGGUGCAGCAAGAACUAGAGUCAGAAGGCAGCGAACGUAGGAUACUUAUCCCUAUAUCUCAGAGGAAGCUCACUAAACAGGUGCUGAAGGUAGUGAAUACAAUAUUCCAUGGACAGCUUCUUAGCCAGGUCACCUGUCUUACGUGCAGCUAUAAGUCAGACACAAUAGAACCCUUCUGGGACCUGUCUUUAGAGUUCCCUGAACGCUACCACAAUCUAGAUAAGGGGAUAGCUCCUCUUAUAACUACUGAAUGCACACUUACAGAAAUGCUGGCCAAGUUUACAGAGACAGAGGCACUGGAAGGAAGAAUCUAUGCUUGUGAUCAAUGUAACAGCAGGAGGCGAAAGUCAUCUCAGAAACCAUUAGUGCUGAGUGAAGCAAAGAAACAACUUGUGAUCUUUAGACUACCUCAGGUCUUGCGGCUACAUCUGAAGCGCUUCAGAUGGUCUGGACGGAACCACAGAGAGAAGAUUGGAGUCCAUGUUUUAUUUGACCAGGUGCUAAACAUGGAGCCAUACUGUAAAGGUGUGCUGCCAUCAUCGGACACAGGGUCCUACCUUUAUGACCUCUCUGCAGUAGUGAUGCAUCAUGGUAAAGGCUUUGGCUCAGGGCACUACACUGCAUUCUGUUAUAACACAGAGGGAGGGUUCUGGGUUCACUGCAAUGAUUCCAAAUUGAACAUGUGCACUGUGGAGGAAGUAUGCAGGACGCAGGCUUACAUCCUUUUCUACACUCAGCGGAGUGGUGUGCAAAACCACAACACUAGCAAUGCAGGGAUCCCUGAGCUCCCAUCCCCAUCUGAGGCUCCAUGCAGUCCCCAAGAUUGCAGACAGCAGAAUAUUAUCCCUUGAUAUUUCCAGCAGUGGUCUAAUAUAUACUAGUCUUUUUCCCUUUUGACCAAAUCUUAGCUGUGGUUUAUUAAUCUUGUUAGUAGCAACAGAAGGCUUGUAUUUUGACCCUCACAAGGGCAAAUUGAGAUUGGCUAGCACUGUCCUCCCCACUUUUGUCACUGCUAAGGAUGCGCUGUAUGGUUAUAUCUAGCUUAGUAUGAAUUUAUUAUAACCGGAGUGUGACAACUACUUUUCAGAAGAUCUUUUGUUUUACAAACACAUCUACAGCAGCUGCAUUAUAAGCCGUAUCUGAAUGUUUACCUAACCAAGGACUGUAUCAAGUAGCCUACCAUUGGUGGAUAGUUUCAGGGGUCUGCUUUUCAUAGCAGUCCUACAUGUAAUAAAGGGUUUAUUUAAAAAAAGAAA